CCUCACGCUGUGGGCGGAAGCUCCCCGCCCCGCCCGUAAGAGUUGAGGUUUGACCAGAGCAAGUGAGAAUCCUACCCGGGCUCCAGUUGUGCACCGCUCCUCCUGCUGGCGCUGCAGGUGCGAUUCUUGGGACUCAGAUGGACCACACAUCCCCAACCUACAUGCUUGCUAACUUAACCCACUUACAUUCUGAACAACUUCUGCAGGGCUUGAAUCUUCUUCGUCAGCAUCACGAACUCUGUGACAUCGUUCUUCGUGUAGGUGAUGUUAAAAUUCAUGCUCACAAAGUGGUACUUGCCAGCAUCAGCCCAUAUUUCAAAGCAAUGUUCACCGGAAAUCUUUCAGAAAAAGAGAACAGUGAGGUUGAAUUUCAGUGCAUUGAUGAAACUGCCCUCCAGGCCAUUGUGGAGUAUGCCUAUACAGGGACUGUUUUUAUUUCUCAGGACACAGUUGAAUCUCUUCUUCCAGCUGCAAACCUACUCCAAAUAAAGCUUGUCCUGAAAGAAUGUUGUGCGUUUCUUGAAAGCCAGCUCGAUCCUGGUAAUUGUAUUGGAAUUUCUCGUUUUGCAGAGACGUAUGGUUGUCACGACCUUUAUUUAGCAGCCACUAAAUACAUAUGCCAAAAUUUUGAAGCUGUUUGUCAGACAGAAGAGUUUUUUGAGCUUCCGCACUCUGAUUUGGAUGAAAUUGUUUCCAAUGACUGUUUGAAUGUGGCUACUGAAGAGACUGUUUUUUAUGCAUUGGAGUCUUGGAUCAAGUAUGAUGUACAAGAACGCCAGAAAUACUUAGCACAGCUACUAAACAGUGUACGGUUACCAUUGCUGAGUGUUAAGUUUCUCACAAGGCUGUAUGAAGCAAAUCAUCUUAUUCGUGAUGAUCACACUUGUAAACAUCUUUUGAAUGAGGCCCUAAAGUACCACUUUAUGCCUGAACACAGACUCUCUCAUCAGACAAUCUUGAUAACACGACCUCGCUGUGCGCCCAAAGUACUUUGUGCAGUAGGAGGAAAAUCUGGACUCUUUGCCUGUUUGGAUAGUGUGGAGAUGUACUUUCCUCAGAAUGACUCUUGGAUUGGCUUGGCACCCCUAAACAUUCCACGCUAUGAAUUUGGAAUAUGUGUUUUAGACCAAAAAGUAUAUGUUAUAGGUGGUAUUGAAACUAAUGUGCGUCCUGGUGUCACUAUCAGAAAACAUGAAAAUUCAGUAGAAUGCUGGAAUCCUGAUACAAAUACCUGGACUUCUCUAGAGAGAAUGAAUGAGAGCCGAAGUACCCUCGGAGUAGUAGUACUUGCAGGAGAACUUUAUGCUUUAGGUGGAUAUGACGGACAAUCUUAUUUACAAUCUGUAGAGAAAUAUAUUCCCAAAAUAAGAAAAUGGCAACCUGUGGCACCAAUGACUACAACAAGAAGUUGUUUUGCUGCAGCUGUAUUGGAUGGAAUGAUAUAUGCCAUUGGAGGGUAUGGUCCUGCUCACAUGAACAGUGUGGAGUGUUAUGAUCCAAGUAAGGACUCCUGGGAGAUGGUUGCAUCCAUGGCAGAUAAAAGGAUUCACUUUGGUGUGGGUGUUAUGCUGGGCUUUAUUUUUGUCGUGGGUGGACAUAAUGGUGUCUCACAUUUGUCAAGCAUUGAAAGAUAUGACCCUCAUCAAAAUCAGUGGACUGUGUGUAGACCAAUGAAAGAGCCCAGAACAGGAGUCGGUGCUGCAGUAAUCGAUAACUGCCUGUAUGUGGUUGGUGGUCACUCAGGGUCUUCCUAUCUGAACACAGUGCAGAAAUACGACCCGAUCUCAGACACAUGGCUGGAUUCAGCAGGCAUGAUCUACUGUCGCUGCAAUUUUGGAUUGACUGCACUCUAACAAGUGUGGAUUCUUGAAAAUAGCAUGGUGGUGAAACUUGUGCCACAUGAGAGGAUGCCUGGUUUUCUAAAAGCUGCAUCGCUUCUUUGUAACUUCAAGUGGCAUGAAGACUCACAGUUCGUGGGGUACUUUGACAAGUAGUUUUGGUUGCUCUUGAUUAUGCAGUAAAUCCAUAAUUUAAAAAAGACCUUGCCAAUUGAAUUGUGCACUUUUCCCCCCAAGACUGCAAUAGUUCUUAAACGUACAUGUGGACAAAACCUUGCUGCUUUUUUUCCUUUCUUUUAAUUUUAGCUCUCCCUCCUUGACACGUAUUAUGAUUUACUAGGAUGAGAGAAACUUUAGAACUAUGAAGUAUAUUGAAUGACUGGACAGAUUGCUUAUACCGCUUGUCAAAUAUAAAUUCAUAUGCUUUACAUUUCUUAAAACAAAGGGCUGCUUUUACUUUUGGUACUUCUAAGGAUUGUAAAUAACGUGCCCUAGUGAGUCACUGUAUACUCUUUCUGCUAAAUGGUUAUAGGACUGGUGGUAUAAUAAAUUUGCAAGAAAAGUGCUUUUAUUAUCAUAUUUGGGGCCCUAUUUUAAGAAGUCAGCUAUUACGGUUUAUGCCUUUUAUAUAUAUGGGCAGCUUAGUGCUGCACAGAUUGAGUUACUCAUCUAUGCCGUGGUAAGCAUGGAUAGAAGGAGUUAAUCAUAGCAGUUAUUUCAGUUUUUCCUUGGUACUGCAGCAGGUUCCCAGUGUUGAUGUAAAUAUUUGAAGUGUUUAGUACUUUAAUGCAUAUUGAUUUUUUCAUAUAUCCUCAUAAUAAUUUUAGUUUUAAGAUCUUUGCUUUCUCAAAGUGUUCAUAUAUAAAAAUGGUGCUAACUGUAGGAUCUAUAACAAGAUUGUAACCAUGUUCCUUUGGAUGUUUAAGAUAUGCAUGACAUAUUUUGAUAGUCUUUGUCAUUUUUACUGGCUUGAUUCAUUUGUGCUUAUAAUGUUAGUGAGUGCACCAAUGCUAAUCUCUAAAAAUCAUCUAAACAGCCUAUGUUAUGCUUUUCUUGGUUCCUGAAUAGUGGUUUAAAGAAAGGUACAUUUUUAUCUUCCUUCUUGUGCUAGAUAUUACAUGUCCUUCUUAAAAACAAAUAUAUGCAUUAAAUAUAAGGCACUAAGCAGUUGUGCAUUAUUUUGUAUAUUUCUUAGGUAACUGAGUAUUUUAAAGUUAUUGAGGAAAACUAGAACUCGAUGUUUACUUGAGUAAUGAUUCAAACUUCGAUUCUGCUUUUAUUAAAAAAGCAAUCUUUUAAAAACAAAAUUGUUUGCUAUACCCACCAAUAGCUAAUUUAAAAGAAAUGGUUAACUUAUUUUAGUUUAGCAUGUGUUAGUAGGUGUCUCUUAGUCUCAAACACAUUAGCUUGCAUUUUAUGCUGAUACUGGUUCUUGUGUUUGUGGUUUUGGUACUAUAGUCAUUUCGUUUUCAUUUCCUUUUUUUCCCCCCCUCCCACUAUCACUUUAUAUAGCGUCUGUGAGACCAGUGUAUAUCUUUCCCUAAGAAAAUUCAUACUGCAUUCUUAAGUGCCAUAAUAUUCAAAACUGUUGUUAAGAAGCCAUUUGUAAUUAUAAAAUAUAGGUUCAGUUGUUAACAUGUUAUUUCUUGAAAACUAUGGCCAGCCAAUUUGCAGUUUUCCUUGUUCUUCCAUAAAUUGCCAGUUGUAGAGUUGAGUAUAUACUACAAAACUGUAUAAAAUCGUCUUUAAUCAUAAAAGUAGUAUCAUGCUUUACAAAUAUUUGCACAGAUUAUAAAACUUUGCAAGUGAUUUUUAGUCUCUUCUAACUUAGAACUCAACAGGAGCUACUAAUAAAGUCAACUGAGUAUUUUCUAUGUUGCUUGUUUGAAUAACAUAAUGAUAUAUAGCAAUAACUUUUUCAUUGAUUUGAAUAAAUCUGUUGAAUAGAAAUAAGGUGCACUACUGUGGUUGUCCUAAACCUCAAAGAAAAGCAAUUUAAAAUAGAUUCUACCACGUACAAUGCUUGUUUUAAAUCCCCAACUCAGUUUCUUUGUUUAUAUCAAUCAAAUUGUCUCAGUCACUUUUCUUGUUGCUGGGGCAAAAUACCCCACACCGGCAAGUUAAGAGAGGAAAGGUUUAUUUUGACUCAUAGUCUGUAGAAGUUUCCCUCCAGUCAGCUGGUUCCAGGCCAGGGCUGCAUGGCAGAGAAGAGAUCCCCCAGCAUGGUGUGGGAAGCUGGGAAGGAUCAAGGGAGUAGGGAAGGAGAUAGGUCCUUCCAGGCCACCCCCAGUGACAACCUCCAAUCAGGUUUCACCUGGCAACAUCACAGUUUAAACUCAGCAAUGGACUCAUGAGUAUUAAGCCUCUAUGAUCCAAUCACCUCCCCAAAGCCCUACCUAUGAGAACAGUAGGCUUGAGGGGGGCCAUCUAGAUAGAAACCAUAACACAAUUAUUAAAUACAUCUUAUUAUACUAUUUUAAUCCCCUUCUCCCAAAAGAUAGGAUUUUGAAAGAUUAUAGAAAAUUAUUUUGUUUCUGUUAUAUGAUGUUUUACUCAUGUUGUUUCCACUAUCAAAUUAGUAUAAAAUAUAUAAUCGCUUGGCAAAUUCUAUGGAAAGCAAAUAUUGAUCAUUUUCAAAAAAUCUAAUGCUCAUCUUAGUGAAAAUUAAAUGUGAAAUAUCUUGGGCAAUAGUAGCAGCUAUGUACCAGUGAAAAAAUUAUGAAGACCUGUGAAGGUUAAAGGAAAAAACACUUUAAAAUAAGCAAUAUAUUUAUCAUAGGACUGCUGUUGUACUGUUCACAACAGCUAGAGCUGCCAAUAUGACCUGACAGCUGAUAAAUUUACUAUAUGUCCUUCUCUGACACAUUUGUGAGAAUUUUAUGUGGAAAAUUUUGCUGACAAAUUGUGAAUUUAAAGCCACAUGAUUCUUAAUUUAAAAGGAACGAAAUACUAUAAAUCCCCAGGUUUAAUGGUAUUAGAAAUGAUUGUACAUAUUCAGUCAAGGAUAGGAACACUAUUUAAAACUGCCAGAAAUAUUUUGGAAAAUAAUGGGAAGAGAAAUAGAAAUUAAAUCAAUUGCAAGAUAAUUACCUCCUAUAAUUAUGUUAUAAAGACAUAAUCUGUUAGGAAUGUUUAGCUAUUUAAUAUUAGUUUAACUGAUUUUUAAUAUAACCUGAAGGAUAUUUACGAGUUCCACUUGUUUUUGCUAAUAUUGUUUUAAAUAUGAAUGAAUAUUAAAUGAUAGGAAGUGGCAUCAAGUGAUAGGAAGGUGGCAUUAGAUUUUGAAGUGUAGUUUGGUAGUUUGAUCCAUAUGGAAGGUCAACUAUACCUGUGAGCUACUGUGUUAGAUCCUGUGGUGGCUAGAAAUAGAAAUACAUACACUCUUUUCACUCAAGAGUAAAAUACAGUGGAGGAGUUCUGUACCCCAGUAUCAACUAUGGUAAAAUGUGGAUCUAAUUCCUUAUUUCCAGCAUAAAAAGUGAGUAGACCUAGUUUACGUCUAAACAAUUAUUUAGUGUUCAAGUAGAUUUUAAUGGCAUGAAAAAGAAUUAUGAAAAAUCUAAUGUUUAUAGAACUCCACAUCUUCUCGAAUUGGACAGUGUAUUUUCCAGAAGAAAAACAAAUGUAUAGGGAAAAAUUAAAAAACCAGCUAUAUCCUGGAGUAUCAAGCCUGUGGCUGACACUGAGGGAAACAUACAUAUAUUAUGCUGUGUUUGGUUUGGGUUUUGGUGUUGGAUUCCUAGUAUUGUCACCUAAGUGCUUAUUUUCAGGAAAAUCAGACUCUACAAUAAACUUAUUGCUUCAAGUUCAAUAAACUUGUGAUAACCUCCAUAACCUCUGUAGUUAGAAAGUUAAAAAAUUAUGUCACAUGUCAAGUUAACAUCCAGUUCUACUUCUUAAACUUUUCCCCCACUUUGUAAACAGCACUUUAGACAUGGUUUAAUUAGACAACAAUUCUGUGGCUGGAAAUAUAUUACAAUGUAUUGAUUCAGUGUUGAUACACAUUGGAGAAGACUGAGAAAUACAAUACGUACAACAUGUUUUCAACAUUAUAGGUUUACAAAUUUUCUUACUAGUGUGAAUAUGGAGUCAAAUAAAAAUCCAGUUUACAUCUCUGCAGCCAGAAAAAUUGUUAUCCAUAUGUCUUUUAUAUUCUACAUAUUUAGAGAUAAUUUAUUGUUAAUUCUUGUCACGUUAUCAUGUGUAAGGUCCCAUUUAUUUUAAAAUACUAAGCAAAAAGUUCCAAGUUUGCCUUAAAAUACAAGUGAAAUUAAAGAACUGGAUGAUAAUGCCUAUAUUUUUGCCUUAUGAAUUAUGCUGUAUCAUAAACCAGAGAUGGUUUUGAUUUUAACAGGAUUCUGAAAUUUUGUAGAUGUAGAGUACUAAUAUUUGUACUCUUGCAGAGAAUGUGAUCUAGUGAGUAAUGUUGAUGUUUAAAUGUUUUUGUAUCUAUAUUUUACCUCUGAAUAUGUACCUUUUUAGCAUCAGGGUUUUAUUUUACUUUUGUUUACACAGUAAAAUGGCAAUUAACUUGUUGAAAGUUCUAUUCUUUUGUCUUUUAUUUUAAGUUUUUUGUGUAUAUUAUUGUGGUAAUGCUCUGUAAUGGUUAUGGUUGAAUUUUAUUUAAUGUGAAAUGUUUAAAAUAAAAUUAAAAAUUUCA